AUGUGUUCCCACGAACCGCAUGACGGAGCGUCCACCGCUCUGUACAAGUCCCCAGACGCCAAGGGUAGCCACAAAAGGCGGCUCAGCAAUGGGACACCAGAUAACUCCCCAGCACGAAGAUCAAAACGACAGAGAUCAAGCAUCAACUUGAAGGAGCCUUCUUCUUCUCCCACAUCCGAUCUCGCAGUCGAGGACGUUGACUUGCCGGUCAAGGAAGAGGCCGAGCCAACAGUGACGAAGAUCCAAACAUCAGCCUCCGUUAAGGUCGAAGGUGAAGAAGACGCGAAGUCUGUGCCAACUCCUAAACGCGGCAAGAAAAGAGAAACUGUGGUCAAGAAAGAAGAGACCGAGACUACUGUUGAAAAGAAGCCUUCCAAAAGAGGGAAGAAGACACAGGGAGACAAAGAAUCUGACGCCAUGCCAUUGGCACCUCGGACGCAAGGCUUGCGGAUGUUCGUCGGCGCUCAUGUUAGCGCAGCAAAAGGCGUGUUCAAUUCGAUCACUAAUAGCGUACAUAUCGGGUAUGGUCUCAAUGCUCUAUCCAUCUGUUCUGCUCUAACCAACCGCAGUGGGAAUGCCUUUGCCUUGUUCCUAAAAUCACAGCGGAAGUGGGACAACCCUCCUCUUCAAGAUAAUCAUCGAGAUCAAUUCCGCCAGCUCUGCGCAGAGCACAAAUACGAUGGGACCAAACACAUCCUCCCCCAUGGAUCGUAUCUUGUUAACCUGGCACAAAAUGACAAGGACAAGGCCAAGCAGGCCUAUGACUCUUUCGUGGAAGAUCUUCGCCGGUGCGAAGCUCUAGGUAUCACGCUCUACAAUUUCCACCCGGGAAGCGCAAACCAAACACCAUUCCCAGAAGCGCUCUCCCGCCUCGCCGACACACUCACCCAAGCCCUCUCUGCCACCAAAACCGUCGUCCCCGUGCUAGAGACAAUGUGCGGCCAUGGCAGCACAAUAGGUGGCUCACUUUCCGAGUUCCGAGACCUGCUCGCCCUCAUCCCGAAAGAGCAUCACUCUCGAAUCGGAAUCUGUGUCGACACCUGCCACAGCUUCGCAGCAGGGUACGACCUCACUUCACCAGCGGGGUUCAAAUCCUUCCUUUCCGAGUUCGACGAGCUGAUCGGCCUCCGCUUCCUCCGCGCCCUGCACCUAAACGACUCCAAAGCACCACGAGGGAGCAAGCGCGAUUUGCAUGCGAACAUUGGUACCGGAUUCCUCGGUCUGCGCGCAUUCCACAAUGUCAUGAACGAACCGCAUUUCGAGGAUUUGCCGAUGAUCCUUGAGACGCCGAUUGAGCAGUCUGAUUUCGGGAUAUGGGCGCGAGAGAUCAAGCUCCUGGAAUCGCUGAUUGGGAUGGAUCCCGACGGCGAAGAGUUUAAGGUUCUAGAGGCGAAGCUUGCGGAGGAAGGGCGGAUCAUGCGCGAGAAGCAUCAGGAGCAGUAUGAGCGGAAGUUGGAGACUGAGGAGAAGAAAAAGACCAAGGGGAAGGGGAAGCAGAAGAGUUUGGUGGAUAUGAUGAAGAAGGGGGCUGCGGAGGAAGCGUGA